GUCAUCCGCUUCUCGACGGAAGUUGCUUCUAAAUCCUAAAUUCUGGCGCCGCGAUGUUUUGCCGGGACCGGUCGGUUGGGCAUGGCGUUAGAUCAGCCGGCAGUGUUGUAGUUGGGAACCGGACCUUUCCUAAUAGCUCCUACGUAGCUUCUUCCGGUUUUUGAGCCCGCCCGCCUCUUGCGUUCAGCCGGCGGGGGCUCUUUAUUGCUUUCUCGUCUUCGCGGGAUCGCCCUUCCCAGGCUUCUGAGUAAGAAGUUGUAUAACCAAGGGAACAGCUGAUAUGGCAGAAAUGCAGAUGGACCAAGCUCUGGCCAAACAACUUUUUUUUGAAGGUGCCACAGUUAUAAUUUUGAAAAUGCCAAAAGGAACUGAGUUUGGCAUUGACUACAACAGCUGGCAAGUUGGUCCCAAGUUCUGUGGAGUCAAGAUGAUACCACCAGGCAUUCAUUUUUUUCAUUACAGCAGUGUUGACAAAAACAAUACGAAAGAAAGUGGUCCUCGUACUGGUUUCUUCUUAAAUUUGCAACAACGUGAUUUAAAGAUAUUUCACUGGGACGAACAAAGAGAAGAAGUAGACCUCACCCCAGUUUCUGAAAAUGAGUCUGAAGCCAUGAGAGUCAAUCUCAAAGAGAUGGACAAAUUUCUGGGUCCAUACCCGUAUAACACCCUUAAAAAAUGGGUCUCCCUCACUAAUUUUAUUAAUGAAUUUGUGAUGCAAAAGUUGCAGCCUGAAAAUGGGCAGAUAUGUGCCUUUUCUGAAGUGCUGCCUGUUCUGCCUGGAAAAUAUACUCAAGAUCGAAUUGAACAGAAUCUACCCCAGUAUGAUACAGAAUGCAAAAGUUAUGCGGAAGGACUGGCCCGCCUUCCUAAAAUGCAACUGAAACCUGGCACAGAGAUCAGAUUCACAAAAAUACCCAAACAAAUGUAUCCUGAAGGUGCCACACCUGAGGAAGUUACCAAGCACAGUAUGGAUCUCAGCUAUGCUCUAGAAACAGUGAUUAAUCAACAGUAUGCCAGCAAUUCCCAGGAUGUGCUUGGGGAGCUACAGUUUGCCUUCAUCUGCUUCCUGAUUGGGAACGUAUAUGAUGCAUUUGAGCACUGGAAAAAACUCCUGAAUCUCUUGUGCAGGUCAGAGGAGGCCAUAGUGAAACAUCAAGCCGUGUUCAGCCAUCUCAUUUCUAUCCUGUACUAUCAGCUCAGUGAAAUCCCAGCUGAUUUCUUUGUAGACAUAGUCUCCCAAGACAACUUUCUAACAAACACUUUGCAGGUAUUCUUCUCUUACACUUGUAAUCCAGCUGUUGACAGGACUCUGAGGAAGAAGGCAGAAAGAUUUAAAGCCCAUCUAACCAAGAAAUUCAAGUGGGACUUUGAGGCUGAACCAGAGGACUAUGCCCCCAUUGUUGUUGAACUACCAGAAGGAACAUUUGUGGACUGAACAUGACUCUGUUUUUUUUUAAUAUUACUAUAAUUUUCCAGUUGUACCAUAUGUUUCAGCUGUUAAACACAUUCAUCAUGUUUUGCUUCUUUUUGUACAUACAGAACAAUGAGAUGGUGUAGCAAGGAUUUUUUUCCUUGUAGAAAAAGUAGACAAGAUGGUACCUAGUCUGUCCUAUAAAUGAAUUUAUUCCCACAUUGUUCCUUAUUUCACUACAAAAAUGAAUACUGUAACAUGUUUUGAACAAUAUUGAAAAAGGAAAUACCAAAUGCUACUGUUUGAGUUAGUCCAGUACUAAUUGUUUUCAUUGAUUUUAUUUUGUAGUGGAGCUUUAGACUGCAUUAGAGUUGUUCCCAUUCCAUCAGUUUUAUUUCAUCCACUCCUAGUUGUUCUUACCCUUUUAAAAAUAUAAAACUGCAAAGGGAGUUACUGUGAAUUGAACAAAAAAAAAUCGGCAUUUUAGCUUUGACAGUAUUCUGUCUAAGCUGUUUCUAGAAAGCUACACUGAAUGUUCUCCCUUCUUUUUAGAAUGUCCUUUCAGGACAGGCUGCUUUCUGCUGUUACUUCAUAGGAAUGAAAUUGUUAUAAAAUAGCCUGAAGCAAGCAUAGGGCCCGUUAUCUUGUAAUGUUUUCUCUGGGGUGCAGGAUGCUGUUAAAUUUUUCAAACAUUCCCUAGUAUGUGAAGAUUUAACUUGCUCAUUUCUUUUCAGGCUAUAAGACUCCUUCAAGGGUUGGUAUGCCUAUAAAACAAAAUAACUUGCAUUACUGUUCAACACAAUAAAACUGUCUAUAUCAGUUUGCCUAUGAA